CCUCCUCCUCCUCAGUGUGACCACAUUUCAAUCACAGGCUCCUCAUAAAGCACGCAGCACGCACGCAGACGAACAUCCUCCUACACCGCGCGCACCGACUUCGAUAUUGUUCCUGCGACUCUCUAAGGUUCGGCUGUUUUCAAACACUGUGGAGACAUUCUUGGGGCGCAAAUAUGGGAAAGGAUGUCAGACCCAACUGGGACAACCCCAUGCAGUUCGUGCUGGCGUGCGUGUCGUACGCAGUGGGUCUGGGGAACGUGUGGAGGUUUCCGUACCUCUGUCAGAGUCACGGCGGAGGUAAGGAGCGCUUAUGUAACGGGCAUGAAUGAAACGGAGAUCAUUCUCCUCCAACAAAAAGUCUCAUUAGCAAUUUAAAUAGACGGAGCACGUUCAAGGGCUGCAGCCUCACGUGAGAUUUUCAGAUCAGAUCCACGAAGGAUUUAACUCGUGGAAAGCUCAAUAUUGAACCUUUUUCUUAAGAAUAAAUGCACCUUUAUUUCAUGAAUGGAAAAACACGUGAUCCAAGAAAAAUAACAACAUUGAAUACCAUAAUAUUCAAACAGUCACAAUUGGACACAGAAAACACAGUUUUUUAAUCUGUGAAGUGUUAAAAUAUCAAAGAUGUGAAAAAAAUAGUGGGUUUCUUUUUCUUUAAAUAAGACAUUUUGGCUUGAAAUUGAAGAUAUUUCAGAUGGUUAAUUUUUUUCAUGUUUUUCACAAACUUAGGGGUCCCAGAGUCCUGCUGUGCCUUGUCUUCUAAAUGUUAUAGCUGACAGCAUGGUUGCAUUCAUCUUGAGGUAUCUAGAGAUCACAUCCUUGCAGGAAACAUUUCCUAAUUCUCUCAAACUCUGACUACUUUCCUGUACACCAGGUUUAUGGUGUGUUCCCGUUACAUUUCUGUUCAGUAUAUUUCCACCUGUUUAUGACUGGUUAAACGAUCCCUGAGUCAUGCAGGUGUGCGGUCUCUGUGGGUGUAUUUCCAAGUGGAUUCUUAUCAUUCAGUGAGUUGUUGUUGUAGUCUGCCUGUUAGUCGACUGCCCACUGUUGAAACCAGCAGGUCAUAAACUGGGGCUCAACCAGGGAGCGGUAGCACCAUGGUCUUGUAAAAAUAUGAACUUCAAAUGGAGUCUUGAGGGUGAAACAAAGGAUGGAGGAUUUAUCCAUUGCACUGACUUUCUGCUCAGAGUUUGGAGAAGCGGCACUUAUGCCUUGGUCACCUCAGUUUGGCUGUUAACAGAGUUAUCAAAAUAUACAGCUUCCAGAGUCAUAAAACUAAACAACACUGUAGAUAUGAUAAUGCAAUAAAAACACAGACCAUAAUGCAAUAAUGUUACAAUAAUAUGAUAACAAGGUUUCUUUAAUGUUGCGUCUUUUUUGAAUUUAGAUUACAGUAUUUUUGUGACAUGUUUGAAUAGCUGCUGUAAACAUCAGCUGAAAAAGGCCAUUACAAAGAAAAAAUGAGAAGAUAUUGAAGAAAUCAAGUACUGAGAUUUCUUCACAGCUCUAGAAGUAAAAGAGUGAUACUUUCAAGGAUUUAACUCAAACUAUCUCUAGAUGGUGGACAUAUGACGAAAUAAAUCUUAUAAGUUCAUAGCUCUUUAUGAAGAACAUUGAUUCAAAGUGUGGAGAGAUGUUUUUUAAGGUGCAUUUUCCUUCUCCUCACUUCUCUGUCUCUGCUGUGUACGUCUGUGGAAAAAAAAACUGAUUUUUAAAUGUGGAAAACCAGCAAUACGAAACUUGGAAAUCAAGAAACAAAUGCACCAUAAUAUCAGAGAGGAUAGUUAAACAACAAGUAAACUCAUGAAAAAAAAAACUUUUGGAACACAGUGGUGUAUUCUAAUAAACUGUAGCUGUAACACAUUGGGACUCAGUUAGUCCUGCUUCUGUGAGGGAGCAUCCGACAAAGGAAAGUGUUUUUAUCCUGGACUUUAUCCUUACUUUGAAUGGUACAUCUAUGAGCUGCAAACUAAUUUAAAACCCUGAUAAACAGUCAAGUGUGCAGUGGCAGAGUCAGGGGGUGGCCAGGGGGGCCCAAGAUCUGAUCAUCCACCCUGAAAUCCUUAACCCUGAUUGACCAGUGGCCUGUCAAAGGUGGCAUUAGAUUGAAUUUAUAACUAUCUGAUCUGUGUUUAUCAGGCUGCUAAAAGCUUCUUUGCAUUUCAAAGUUAAACCUGUCAGUAGUUUGAACCGUACAUGGUGCCUUUGGACAAAUAUCCUCUUUUUGUCUCUCGAAAGAAUUCAGGUGAAGAAAUCUAAAUGUUGUCACCUGGUUGAGCUACAAAGAUGUUUACACAAGCAUAAAUUUAAAAAAAUCUUGUAGAUUAGAAGUUUUAGAUCAGAUUAGAUGUUGGCUUUGAGCUGAGAGCUGGUAACAAGCCAGGUGGUCCUACAGCAUCCAUGGUUUCCAAAUAAAAUGUCAAUUUUUUAAUUGGUCAGACCACAGGACCCAAUUCCUGUUCCUCUCAGUCCAUCAUAAGAGAAGUCUCAGGAAUUUCUUAAUUAUGAUAUCCUGUAUGUAUAAAAUUAGAAUAGCUUCUUAAGUGAUUUAAGCCCAUGCAGUGAUCUCCACUCCUGUCUGAUUUUAAUGCAGUGCUGCCUGAGGAUCAGGACAAUCCAGUCUUGGUUUCAGGAAAAUUUUCUGAAAACUGUUGAACUAUAAGCUCACACAGUCUCACACAGAGUGGUGAACCUCUUCCCAUCUUUCCGUCUGAAAGACUCUUAUAUUUCUUAAUGAAAUUUUUUGUUUAGGUUUUUUGCAAACCAUCAAAAUCAGGUUUGGAAUUAGGACUACAGAUAAAAAAUAAGAAACAUUACAGCCGAAUACUGUGUCUAUGUAGUUGUGCUGCAUGUUAAAGUAGAUAAAGAAGUUUUUGUGGCUUGCAAUACAAACAUAAAUGAAGUAAAUAACCAAUCAAAGAAGGAAAAAACGCGAGGACAGUCACUGAAUUUCACAGUAAUGAGAUGACAUUAUAGCUGUAUUAAACUCUUCUCCGUUUCUCCACUGUUGCUGUUUACUGUCGUGACUGUUUGGUCAUUUAUAUCCAACAUUGUUGAAACUCUGCUGUGAUCACACUUUGUUCAGUGUUGCCAAACCAGGAUAACAGGCUGAGAAUAUCUAAGCACAGGCUCCCUUCUUCCCUUCACAGUUUCAGGAGAGUAAAUUUGGCUGAAUAGGAGAUUUUUUUGUUGUUAUUGUUGAAUGUGUGGUCACAGAACAACAAGCAAACAUCUCCUCUGUGCUGAUGGCAGGGGAGGGGUGACUUACCUGCAAGUGAAAUCAUGUGAUCUGCUGUCUAAAGGUUGGUUUGGGACAACUACAUGGACAUUAUCGUGGUUCACUAACUCAGUGAACAGACCUGGUCUCACUGCUUCCCUCUCUUCCAGCAGUUUGAACAAAAAAAAAAUGAAAUUAAAAAAAAAAGACCCCAUGCUUGAAAAUGUGAGUCUAAAGGUUCUCCUCUUGACUCCUUUUAGGAUUGGAUGGAUGUUUUUUUUUAUUAUUCGGUUCUGUCCUGCCUACAGAGACUCCGUGCUUUUUCUCUGACAGGAUCAACUCUCUAGUGGAGCAUGGAGUCAAAAGUUUGAAUUAUUAACCUUAAUCUGCAGCAAAGUUUGCAUAUUAUGAGGACACUGUUUCCUGUAACCUCGCCUCAGUGCUUUAAUGCAGUGUGCAGAAAAGCAGCUCUGAAUAUGGGUUGUGGGGAAUUGUUUAAACUUGAAUGCUAAACUAUGUUUUAAAAAGUGCAGCUCCUGUCAGUAGUUUCAUCCUCAUGUCUUAAUUUGACGUACAAAAACAACCAAGACCAUCAGCUAGAUCUUACAGCUGUCACCAGGACUACAACAGUCAGUCAGCGGUUAUUGAUCAGUUAACAAUCAAGUCUAAUAAUAACAUUAUUAUCUGUAUCAAUAAAUUGUCAGUAAAAGUUUGCAUGUUUUUAAUGCUGUGAGCUUGAUCAGAAGUAAAUCAGUCAUCUGACAUUAAUACAACCUAAAAACACAUGGCUGAAUGUGGAUUUAAGAGGCUUAGUUUAAGGUUGAAAAAGUAAUGUCACAGUGUCACAAAUACAAGACAGGUACUUUUGUAUGACAUGAUGUUGUUGUAUUUAUAAUAUCAGCUCCAGAAAUUAAAUGCAAUGACAGUGAAAUCUGUUGUAAAAUCCAAUUGUUUAAUGAGACCAGCAGCUCUCAGGCUGUUUACUCUGUGUGUUUCUGCAACAUCGAAGCUUUUCUGUCCUACAGAGAAGUUCAGUGCAUUUUCAGAGACAAUCAAGAUCCAUUGAAAAUGAAACAUGAUAAUUGCUGUUUUGAUUUGCAUCACACAUAAUUAGGCUACUAAAGAUCUCUUUAAAACCACUCUCCCUGCUCUGCUCUCUCCUCCUGCCUCCUCUUGCCCCUCUCCCUGCUUUCCUCCCCCUGUUCUCCUCUCCCCGCUCUCCUCUCUCCACCUGUUGCUCCAAUACUUCAUUUUUUCUUUUCAGUCAGCUGUUUUAGUAAUCAGUGACUAGCUAUUUGGACAGUGGAUUGUGGCAUUCCUACCUGUCAAACUUAGACAUGAUUUUUGUUUUUCUUUUCUUGUUUUCAUCCAUGUUUACGCCCAUAUGUCUUCCUUCAGGUGGAUUCCUUAUCCCGUACCUGAUUAUGCUGGUCCUGGAAGGGAUUCCUUUAUUUUACCUGGAGCUCGCCAUUGGUCAGAAAAUGAGUCUGGGCAGCAUUGGGGCGUGGACUGCUAUCAGCCCAUAUUUAGGAGGAGUGGGUGAGUAAUCUGAAGAUCAGAGCUAAAGCUUUGUAUGGAGACUCAGGAGGGACAAAAUUAUUGUUUUCAAGGUGUCACGGUGUUAAGGGGUCCAUGAAAAAUAUAAAGAUAUUAAAAAGAGACCUACUAUGCUUUCCAUACUGCAGUACAGAUAAUGUCAGAGUGUUGGGGUGAGAGUUGUUUUCGUUAGACUCCAGAAAACAGCAGGAAGUUUGGAUGUUUUCUGGAAACAACAGCCACAUCGUAGCUGUUUAUGCUCGCCACUUCACUGAUGACUCCUUAGGAAACGAAGACCAGGAGGAGGUGGAUUUGAGUCUCAGCUGUUUCUGACACCUGGAGUUGAAGAGAAAGGCCUUCGUGCAGCUCAGAGACACAAGCUGGAAGACACAUCACACCAGCACAGAAUAGAGCUAUGGAUGUGUGAAAAGAAACACCUUCAAACUGUGUCUAACUUUCUAUCUGUGUAAAAGCAGCAAAACAAACGGGUUACAGACAGAGGCUGAAUAGAGCUAAAUGAGGGUUUUUCACAUGCUAGGCUACAAGUUGUCCCAGACUGCCAAAUGAGAGGAGGAAAUGAGCAUACUACAUCCUCCUGAGGCAGUAUCACUUCACUGGGAUCAGGAAUUGACUCUACGAUGAAGACUAGGGCCUCUGUACAUGAGGCUGAGAUUGAUCUUUUUUAUGGCCCUGCUUUACUCCUUGGUCAUGGUGAUGAAAUUUUAUACCCAGACUUAUUUCUACUUGGAUGACAGUUUUUCUGAUAUGAUUUGUUAUAACAUGUAACUGAGUGAAGUGCUUCAGUUUGUGACACAUUACUAUCCGCACCAUUAGACAAGCCACAACUCAAAGUCCUGGAAUUUGGUUUGUGUGUCUUUGAGCUUUGAUAUGCUGUGGACUCAGAAGCUUAACUUCUAAUUAAUUAUAUUUUGUUUUUAUUUAUCCUUCAAUAUUUCUCUUAUUUCAGGUCUUGCUAGUGUUGUGACCUCCCUGUAUCUGUGUCUAUAUUACAACAUCAUCAAUGCAUGGAGCUUCUGGUACCUCUUUCAUUCAUUCCAAGUGAGCUGCCUGUCAAUAACCCACCAUUUUAUCGAAAUAGAUCUCAUUAUAUCAGGUUUAAGGCAUCACACCUGUUUCUUUCUCACCUCUUUCAGUCAGUUCUACCAUGGGCCGAGUGUCCAGUCAAUGCUAACCUGACCGGACCCAUAGAGGAGUGUGAGAGAGCAACUCCCACCCAGUACUUCUUCUACAGAGAGACUCUGGAUAUUUCCUCUAAUAUCGAGGUGAAUGGAGGAGUCCAUAUGGGCCAAGCUCUCUGCCUCCUGCUCGCCUGGAUUAUUACCUACCUGUUCAUCGUUCGGGGGGUCAAGUCCACAGGAAAGGUGAGACAACCACUGGUCUGAGAGGCCAAACACUCUGCACAUGAGUCUAGUCCUUUAAUAUACUUGGUUUUUUUUUUAGAUAAUUUAAAAUCACACAUUUUAUCCAUUAUAGUGAGUAUGUGAACAAAUGGGGAUCAAAAAGUGCUGAAAUAAGGAUUAUUACAGACCCUAGUAUAAUAUAAAUAAGGAGUUUUUUGAACUGCAGUUCAUGCAAAAACGUCGAGAUCAUGUGGAGCUAUAGACAAAUGGUGGUUAAAAUUCACAAUAAACCAUGAAAGCUGAAGUCUUUGGCUUCAAACUGGUAUGAAGCAGGCAAACACAGACUCUUUUCUGCAUCAGCUUAUUAAAGAUGACAUGUCCUCUCACUGCUACAGUCUGAACAUGAGGAUUGCUUUUUUCCCAGCUGUUUUAAACCACUGUAACACGAUAUUAUUCUUGUGCUCGUUGGAGAUAGUUAUGACAUGAUGUUAGAUUCAUGUCUCAUCACAUAACAGGGAGUUUCCCUGAUGCACAGAUACAGAGUCCAAUCUGCUGAAACUUUAUGUUUAAAACUACAUUGUCUUCCUGAAAACAUCUGUUUGUAAUUACUGCAUUUGAUCAAAGUCAUAAAAGCUUUUAAGUUGUUAAAAGUCUUUUCACAGUUGUGAAACUUGUGCUCAGUAUUUUGUUGUCAGCUCAUCACUUUCCAACUGGAUUUGUAUGUUUAUCGUCUGUUUUAAUCUACUCUGUACUGUCUCUUGAAAGGUUGGCUUUUCUCUGUUAUUAUACACUGGUGCUCUUAUUAAGUUUGAAUUCAGUUUGAAUCCCUGGAACAUCCAACCAGUAGGUGAUAUUCAGCAUGGGGGCUAGUUUUCCAGUCAUGACCUCCAUGAAGGCUGGUAUCAUGUCCUCACAUGUUGCUCCUCUGGUUUUCCUCCUCUCCCUUAAAUCUUCCCCUAUCCAAGCAGAAUGGGAAGACAAAAAAAAAGGUUUCAUCAUGGCUGAGAAAUUGUAUAAGAACUCUGGAGUGCAAGGCAGUUGUGCCCACACUUCAUGCAGAGUUAAAGACCAGUGCUGCUUUCAGCUUGAGUUAUAAUUGACAUCUGAAAGGUUACCAAACUGGUGUAUUUAGGGCACAAUGUCCAGGUCUAAGGCUGCUACCAGCAUGGUUUUUAUUCUUGUAUUUCUAUAGUUUUUUUUUUUUGGUUUUCUGUGUUCAUAACUGAGUAAAAGGAAUUAUGAGGCAUACAGAGAACUUAAAAAUGGAUCCAAUGAUGAUUCAUGCAAUAUAAGCAACUGCAUUAUUCCUUCAAGAAAUAAUGGAUGUGUAGAACAGUAUAUAACAUACAGAAAAAGUGGAUGGAGUUGUGCUGUUGUUCUUUACACAAGUGUCACAAGGGGUCAAAUUAUGGUUCGCCAGAGACAUUACAAACAUCUGUGUGCAGUUAUCUGGAUUUCACUCUUAAGAGUAUUAAUCCAGCACAGGAACUAUUAUAAAUUUAAUUGACUUGUUUACCGAACCAGGCGGAAGUGGUCUGAAUUUAGACCAACCAUCACCCUUCAUCGGUUCUCCCCUAAGGUUAAAAUUUGACCCUGACUUCCUUGUUUGGCUUUUUCCACAGGUGGUGUACUUCACUGCCACAUUUCCUUACCUAGUCCUUUUCAUCUACCUGAUCAGAGGUGUCACUCUUCAUGGUGCCAUCAACGGUGUUGUUUACAUGUUUACUCCAAAGGUAAGAUGGAGAUUUAUCAGCCUGAGUUAAACUGUACAAUACUCAGGUGUUUUGGCUGAGGAGUUUCCAUUACGAUGAAUUGCUCAGAUUUGAUACUUAAUCCAUUUGUAUUUUUUUGUAUGUGUGUGUCUGCUUUUAGAUGGAGCAGCUCGCCAACCCCACCACGUGGAUUAAUGCUGCCACUCAGAUCUUUUUCUCCUUGGGAUUGGGCUUCGGGUCGCUCAUAGCUUUCGCUAGUUACAACCAGUACAAUAACAACUUUGAGAGGCAGGCCAUUGUUGUCUCUCUCAUCAACAGCAGCACCUCCAUCUUUGCCAGUAUCGUCACUUUCUCCAUUUAUGGAUUUAAGGCAACGGUCAACUACGAGAACUGUCUGGAAAGGUAAGUGUUAUGUUAAUUUACUAGUGGUGUAUAUUUUCUUUUUCUUUCUUCACGAGGCACAUUUAUGCUCAAAGUUAAUCCAGUGACAAAAGCAGAUUUAAACAUACAUGUUGAGGUAGCAGGGCCACCAAGACGGCAGCUUCUGCCACUGGAAACUCAUUAAAUCUGCUGCAGCGGCUGUUUUAAACAAACUGGAGGAUGUUUUUUCAUUAUAACAGGAAAAAAGAUCUGCACAUACAGCAUUAAGUUGAGGUGGUUCUUGAUCCUCGCUUGUAAGAAGCUGCUCUACAGCUGAGACCCACUGUUUGACAGGCAUUUUAGGCCAUCAGACAUGAAAAUAUGAAUCAUUCAUUUAACCCUUUAGUAAAUCUACAUUCAGCAUUCAGUGGAGUAAUAGUCCCGAAGUCUAAUAAUAUAUCAUUGCACACCAUGACAAAUGCCCAUUGCACUGCGACUAUCAACAGUCUGACGCUCCUGAUGUCCUGACCUUAAAUAAUCCUUAAAUGAGCAUUUUAAGAGUAUUUUUUUUUGUACUUCUGUACAAAGCCCUGACAAAUCCCAAAUUCAGACUCAUUACAAAUAAGCAUCCUAAUGUCAUUAUUUCAACUCCUCUCAGGUAGUGUGCUUUAAAGUCUUGUCUACCUGCAGUUAAACUCUUGUUUUAUGUUGUGUUGUGUAGCAGCCCUGAGGGAUGGUUAAAAGAGGCCAUUUAGCUAAAGGCUUGAACUUGAUCAUUAUUUUUACUACUUUUUGUUAAUGAUUCAUUUACUCUAGAGUCCAAAGAGCUGGGUCAGUGGGGCAGUUUUUCCUUUAGCCCAUGACUCGACCUGUGUCAGGAAGCCAAGGGAGGUGGACUUAGCCCCCAUCUCACUUUGAGCUGUUUCUUAGACCAUGCUGGACAUAACUAGUCCUAUGUAAACGGACUGUAAACCGUUCCAUAGAUCUUGUGUUUGUAAAUGAAACAGACACAUAUAAGAAACACCUUUGAUUAUUAUAAUAAUAUUUAUUAUUAUUAUAGAUUAUCAGUAGUAAAAACAACCAAAGCUGCUAUUAUUCUGUUAUAAUGUCCAUUUUUUCCUUUCAUCUUUCAGCAUUCGUGUGAAGCUGCUGAACGCCUUCAGUCUGUCAGAGGACACCAUCAGCAUGGAAACCGUCUUAGAUUGGAUAGAGAAGCUGAACACGACAUACCCAGAGCAGUUUGCUGAGCUUGGACUCGAGGCCGUUCCCUGUGACCUAAACAAGGAACUGGACACAGUGAGUGAGAAUAGUGAGACAGUUUGGCACUACUUCUAUCCACAGUUAUCAAUAUAAUGAGAACACUUGUUUUCACUCUUAAAACAUUUGUACCUCACUGGAUAUUACACAGUGGCACAGGCAGGACACAAAGGAACCAACAGUAUACCUUCAACCUUUACGCGCUAGAGUCCCAGGUGUGCAUACAAUGUUGUCUUUUUGAGCGAGGAAGCCUUAGAGUGAGAAGGAGAGACAGAUCUAUUCAUGUUUUUUUGUUUUGUUUGUUUGUUUGUUUUUUGCAUUUUUUGGCUUGUUUCAACUCCACUCAGCUCAUCAUAUGCACGUGAACAGAAAUGCCCCCAACAGGAUGACCGUCCUGUGAAAUUAGACUCAAUAGCUGAGGACAAAUAGCAGUUACAAUAGCCAGCAGAGGUGGUUCGAUAUUCUGUCCUUAAAUCACACUCAGAUGGUUCAGAAUAUCUCUAAUUUUCUGAGACUUUCUUAUGAAUGUAAUAUGCCCAAGUUUAUAACUGUUAAUAAAGCUCUACCACACUAUUGUACUGUGUGGCCCAAAUAACAUCAAACAAAAAGGUUAAGUUUCUAUGUUGAUGAAAUGUUUAUAUAUUCUGUUGUAUGUUAUGUUUCAGCUGGACAUCAGUGACAUGUAUGUCUCCACACAGUUUAGCUUCCCUGUUUUAUUAAAGCAUCGAAUAUCGGCAUCUAAAAAUGGACAUUAGUGUGCAAAACGCGGCACAUUCACUACCUGGUCCUUUUCGGUGAAUCAGUGUUCAGGUCCUAAACUCCUUUCUGUCUGUGUUUUCUGUUCCAAUCCUAACUAUUCAUCUCUCUUUCCUCUGUUUUAGGCUGUGGAGGGCACCGGUCUGGCCUUCAUUGUUUACAGCGAGGCCAUUAAAAACAUGCCUCUUCCUCAGUUCUGGUCUGUGCUUUACUUCAUUAUGCUCCUGCUGCUGGGGAUGGGCAGCAUGCUGGGCAACGUCACUGCCAUCAUCACCCCGCUGCGAGACUUCAAGAUCUUCUCCCGCAUGAGCAACGAGUUAUUCAAUGGUAAGAUGGCAGAGGUUGCUGUGAGGAGUGCCCAUCAGUAAUGACUAAUCCCAUUUAACCUAAAAAUGAGGGGUUUUGUUAAUAUUUCCGCUCCUCUUCUCAUAUGAACAUACUGUUUUCAAGUUGUUCAUCAGACUGUAAACAGUGUAGCACAUGACAAAGUUAGUCUUGACUGGAAGUCAUGUAUUGCUUAACAAUUAAUGCAUGACAGUACCCAAAAGUUGCCUAUCCGGAUUUUUGGUGGCUAUUACUGUUGUUGGACGUCAGUCAUUUGUGAGAUUGAGAGUUCAUCACAAAGUGUCUACUGCUAAGAGGUAAAUAUACAGGUUGACUACUUCUGAUAACAAACUAUCAGUUACUGAGUGAUGUUUUUUGCAGGUUUGGUGUGUUUGUUUUGUCUGCUGCUUGGUUUCGGCUUCACCACACCAUCAGGGAACUACUGGUUCACAAUGUUCAAUGACUACGGAGCAACUUUCUCUCUGCUCUUCAUCGUCCUCAUCGAGGUCAUCACUGUCAGUUACAUCUAUGGGAUUAAAAGGUUUGUGUGUCACCCAAACAAAACCAUACGCAAUCAUAGAUUUAUGGAGAAUGUAAGACUGGCAUCAUUCUUGAUAAUUCAAUCUUUUUUCCUCAUGUCAGGUUUGAAAAAGACAUUGAAGACAUGCUUGGCCAUCGUCCUAACUGGUACUGGAAGAUCAUGUGGGUUGUUGUCAGUCCCGUUCUCCUUAUCGCGCUCUUCAUUUUCUACAUCGUAAACUACAUCCAGGGAGGGACCCCCACCUAUCAGGCCUGGGACAAAGACCUGGUAAGCUGUGGCUUUAUAUCUUUAUAGACUGGGACAGUAUUUACUUUCAGAUGCCCUGUGUAACCUUUAAAACUUGUGUAAAACUUGUUAAAAACAGUUUGUUUCACUUGUUUGACUCUCCUUUUAUGUAGAUGACAUUCUGACUCACAUGUCUAAUCCAGUAUAACCCCAACCAAAAGCUGGAGAUUACAAGGGGGAUUCAGCAAAUUAAUGACAAAUGUUACCGUAUAACUCACUCAGAGAGGGGUUAAGGAGGCUUUGAGAUACUUAAGAAUUUUCACUACAGUAUUUACACAAAGCUUUCUGCUUUCUAACGGGACUGACUCUCUUUUUGGGACCAGCCUCUACCGGACAUGAGAGGAACUUGAUAUUUUUACACUUUCUUAAUGGCUCCGUUUGUCUACGCUAGUGGUUGCAGCUGGAUUUAGAGUGGUUGAUAGCAUGAAUAUAAGUAUCACUGAUAAAGGAAAAAACAGAACUGUUUACUCUGACCUGAACCUUCUUCAUAUUUCAGCAGUGAAGGAUGAUAAACACAGGAGGUGAAUCAGCUGACGAGUUCUUUACAAGGCUGUGUUCAGAUGUAACUUUUCCUUAACCCUCAAACAUAAAGCUCAGUUAUGAGCUCCCAGCAACAUAAAGAACAAAAGGGGGCAAAGAGCAUUACAUCUGUGUCAACAUUACUCAACACAAGUUCUCCCAGGAUUUACAAGUACAGUGAACUGACCCGAGGUACAGGAAGAUUUCAUUGAACAUGAAAACUUUAUGUAGAUUUUAUUGUUAAAAAAACUUCCUCUUUUAAGUGCUGAUGCUCAUGCUAAUGGCUUACCGCUGCAAUCAAAACACCUCAAAAGGUGAAUGACACCCAACACUGUUGCAAUUAAUAUACUAGUAUCCAAAGUGAGGUAUUUUACUGUCAGGGUAUUUUACACAGAAGAUGGUGCUCCAAGAAUGAGCAACAGAAAAACCUCAGGCUUUUUAUGUUUGCUGAUGAAACGGAAAAGAGCUGUGACCCUCCUACUUCAUGAAUUUUCGAUCCACAUAAACUCAUCACCCAUUAUCUACCUAUCUAGAGGUCUUUGCUGCUGCUCUCCCUGCCUCGGCCUUUUUGAUGUGCACAAGAAACAGAGGGGAGGUGCCACCCCUCCCCCCAGUUGACUUGGCAUCUCACACAUGCAUGUGGAAGGGCAGGGAGCACCCAGAACAGGGACUAAACAUAACAUGAUGCAAUAACUGCUUCUCUUUGAUGAAAGUGGUCUGUCUGAAAAACAUUUUUCACCCACAACAUGGCCAAAUUUAUGGUUGGCCUGAAGCCUUUGUAGUAUUUGCCACCCUACUCAAGAGUGGGGGUGACGGCUUUCAUGACAUUGUUUUACAUGUAGGCUGAGAUGCAAGAUACUAAACAGACAUCAUUUCAUCAACAAGUACCAAAAACUUCUGUGUCUGAAAUGUACAUCAGUUUGAUGACUUAAUCUGUGACUUGUGACUUCUGUGACACCGUGCUUGUUGUUUCCUCAGGGUAAGGCAGUGGUGACAGAGUAUCCCGUCUUUGGUCAGCUCUUCAUCGCACUGUUGUUGGUGUCGUCGGUAAGCUGUGUCCCUCUCACGGCCCUGUAUGCAUACUGCAAGAAAAAACAACGGAAACAGCCUAAUCAGAGGAAGCGUACGAUCAGCACAGUAUCUGCUUAAUGACACUGACUGACUCCUGAACUUCACCUGCCUUCACAUCUCCGCCUAACCCUCCUCCAACUUCAUCCAUCACAAGGACACAUCAUCAGCAGUCGUGGGACUUCUUUACACUCCUUUAAAAACUAACUGGGUAUUUCUCCUAAAGGUUUUGGUAAACACGUUUUAAAAAAUGUUUCAGUAUUAACUUCUAAGCUGCACACUGAAAGAGCUAAAGCUGGUUACAGAGACCACCCCCCCCACACACACACACACGUACACACACACACUCACUCAGCUAAAAUGUGAAAGAAAAUCUUUUUAAACUCUGAACUGGACCUUAUCUGUGCAUGCUGUGAUAAAUCACCAGGUGGUUUAAGUGGUUUGUAAUUUCUUGAGUAGACUGAUUUAGACUGCAGCAGUAAAACAGGUUAGACAGGUAGGGUAUACACCAUCACCUUAGAGGGUCUAGUGCAUUUGUAGACAGUGAUGUCUCAGCUAUUUGUGUUUGAAAACCCUCGUCCUCUGUAUCAAACAUCUCUCUCUCUGCAGGGAUCCCCCCUGAAACACAGUCUGAGCCUGUCAGGGACAAAAACAGGAACUUUGAUGGCACACUUUGGUCUGUCAAGGACUAUGUUGCAGACAUCACAGACAGUUAACCUGCUGCAGGAUGAAAUAAUCUGCUGAUGUAUUUUUAAAAGUUUUUAUACUUUUUCAUUUAUACCCUUAAUAUCUGCAUAAAAGGGCUCAAACUGAAUAAAACUAGAAUUGUCAUUUACGGUGACACAUUUUUAGCAAAUAUGUAGUAAAUGUAAUCAGCAGAUAUUUUCAGCAGUUAUAGUUGUGAUUAAAUAUUUCAUGUGAUGUUAGUUUGUGGUCAGUGGUCAUGAAUUGAUUUAUGUAUGUAGAUGUGCAGUUUACUCAGUGAGUAAUGAAAUGUAGAGAAUAUGUUUGUAAUAGCUUUUUUUCAUAUCUAGAGUCUUUCAUAUUGAACCUUAAAUACCGUUAGCCUUGUCGCUGAGGUGAGCUCAUUAAGGGUCAAAUUAAGAUUAUUUGUAGGCAAACAAAAUCCAAAAAAAUAAGACCAGAGUCCAUCAGCAGGAUUACAAACAGUCCAGCACUAAAACCAUCAGCCAAAGCUUUUUUGUAGUGUACCUUUUCAGAAAUGUGGGGAGUUUACGCCACACGGACCAAAUUUUUAGUUUGUUUUUGUAUUUAAAGGUGGAAAUAUUUGACCAUAGUGCUGAAAUGAAAUCAGACGUUUUAGAGACAAAUCAUGGUGUAGCAUUUUGAAGGAUUCUGCUAAUGUUGGACUAGUUUGUAUUGAGCUGUGAUAAACAGUUGAUGCCUUUUCUCUUUGUUAUAUGAAUGUAUAAUUGAUCACUUUGUCCUAAAUAUGAAAUAUUUUUUGAUAACUACUUUUAUAUCAGUUUGAAAGGAGCUGUGAUUCAUUCUCAUCAGAGAUGGAUGUCAGAGAAAAUUCUUCUGUGCCAAGUUAAAGUUUUGAUACUGACAUGUUCACCUCCUUGAUGAAUGUAAAAUGUGUAAAUACUGUAGAUAUGUUCUUCAUCUAAUGAUUGAAUGAUUGGAGCAAUGAAAUACAAUUUAAUGUCUGUAUUAUCAGCUUCAUUACAUGUUCGAAAACUGCCUUGAAAACAACAUUAAUGUUAAAUCAAGUGCCACAAACAUGUUUCAUGUCAUGAGUGGAAAUCUGGUGUUUUGUUUUUAGCUUUUAUUUUCACAGUGAUGAUUUUUUAUUAAAGAAAAUGUUGCUGUUCAUAAAAAGA